AUUGUUCAUCCCUACAGUAGGUUACCGGCAAUUGAUAUGUAAACAUGUUUAAAUUUCAUGUUUAUACUUGUGCUUCUCGCUUAUAGUUGCGGAAGUUAACUAGUGUAUUGUUAUUUUUUUGCUGACCGUUGCGAACAUGUCUGAAGAAACGCGAAAUAAUACGAUCGAUCCGGAGGGAGUGAUUAAGAUUCUUGUGGCAAGUGACAUACACUUAGGGCACAACGAAAAAGACGUGAUUAGAGGAGAAGACAGUUUUAUUGCCUUUGAAGAAGUACUUCAACAUGCAUUGGAAAACGAUGUUGAUGCAGUUAUUCUUGGCGGUGAUCUGUUUGACAUAGCAAACCCAUCAACAAACACAUUGAACCGAUGUACUCGUCUACUAAAAACUUAUAUGUUGGGAGAUAAACCCAUUAAACUAGAAUUUCUCAGUGAUCAAAAUGAGAACUUUUUGGAAUCGCUAAACCAGACUGUGAACUAUGAAGAUCCCAACAUGAAUAUUGCAAUUCCAGUGUUUUCUAUACACGGUAAUCAUGAUGACCCAAGUGGUUUUGGUCGCAUCAGUUCUCUUGAUCUACUGAGUACCAACGGAUAUGUAAAUUACUUUGGUAAAUGGACAGAUCUCAAUAAAAUUAAUAUUAGUCCCAUACUGCUCAAGAAAGGUGAAACAAAGCUAGCCUUGUACGGACUCAGCUACAUUAGCGAUCCAAGACUGGCGCGCUUGUUUAACGAGGCCAAAGUGUUCCUUGAAAAACCUGAAGAUACUGACUGGUUCAACAUUAUGGUUCUACAUCAAAACCGGGCUGACCGUGGACCGAAAAAUUAUUUGCCAGAAAAAUCGCUUCCACGUUUUCUAGAUCUUAUUAUCUGGGGCCAUGAGCAUGACUGUCGUAUCAUACCGGAAGAGAAUCCCACUAAAAAAUUUUAUGUCAGCCAGCCGGGUUCGACCGUUGCUACUUCGUUGGCAGAAGGAGAAUCUAUUGAUAAAUGUUGCGGGCUUCUCAGCAUCUAUAAAAAACAGUUCCGCCUGGACCCGAUUCCGCUGCAGACGGUCCGACCAUUUAUAUUUGAAUCUAUUAAUUUAGCCAAUCUGGUGCAGGAAUUGCAACUUGACGAAGGUGAUGCACAAGCAAAGGUACAGUCAUUUGCAUCUGAAAAAGUAGAAGAAAUGAUCGAAAGAGCGAAGGAAAAAUUAACUGGGAAUGUAAAGCAACCAAAAUUACCUCUUAUUCGGCUUCGGCUAGAAGUGACCUCAGUUGACCAGCAGUUUAAUCAGAUUAGAUUCGGUCAACAGUAUAGCGGACGAGUUGCCAAUCCUCAGGACAUGAUUUCUUUUAAAAGAAAAAUUUCGCGGGUUAAGGAUGAAACUAAGCCGUUAGAUAAAGAAGCGCUCAAUCAAGCUUAUCAAAAUCAACGUGAGACUGCAGCUAAGCGCGCGGAAGAAGUUGUAGAGCGGUAUUUCAAGGAAGCAGCACAAGAAAAUCAAUUGGAAAUUUUGUCAUCGAAAAGUAUGACUGAACUAACUCGGCGUAUGGUCGAUUACGAAGAUGAUGAUGCUGCUGAGAACAUUAUAAAGUUUUUCGAGAAACAAGCCAUGCAGUAUCUUGACGGGUUUACAGUAAAUGAAGAAAAUAUCGAAGAAAUUUUAUUCAAAUUUCACGAUAAAGAACGAGAAACUCAUGGCGAAAUGCUUAAGAUGUUGGAUAGUCGUACUCACAAACGAAUAGAUUCAAAUGAUCGCUCUCGGUCUUUAGCCGACGAUGACGACAAUGAUGAAUCCAAGUCGACGAGCAUUCAAGCCAAUGUUACCACUACAAACCGUGGUAGCGGUCGUGGUAGUAGGGGCGGUAGAGGCUCACGUUCUACUACGUCCAAUAGCGGCCCUAGUCGCGGUAGAGGUCGAGGAAAAGGUGCUGCCAGCAGUACCGUGAGCAGCAUUGGUUCAUUUUUUAAUAGCACUGUCAAACAAGAGAAACGUUCAAGUGCUAGAAACGUUUCAAAAGUUGUUUACAUUUCCGAAGAUGAAGAAGACUAAACAUUAACUUCGUAUUCCUAAAAUAGAACUGUCUCUGUUAAUUUCUUCAAUCACCUAACAAUCGUUUCUGUUAAUAAAAUCGAUGUCAACU